GAUUCCAGGCGAUAACUGGGCGGCGGGCGGGCGCCGAUGGCCGGGGGCUCAGAACAGUGCUCGUGCCCGCCGGCAGCGGUUUACUGACACGCAGUGGGGAUAGUUCGCCUCCAUUUGUCGUUAUUCCUGCGGCGAUAGCAUUUCCGUGGAGCCAGCGGCGGCCAGCCGGAGCGGCGGACGGGGGUCGGCGGGCGCGCGGCAGGUGCCGGUCUGGCUGGGGACGGGCGGCCGGACCCCGCGCUGACCGGCGGGCGCAUUCGUGAACAGGCCCCGCAGGCAAGAGGUCGCGUUGCCGGGGGCUCCGCCGCGGGCACCAGCUCUGGACACCAGCGGCUCGCAGCGCCGACCCAGCCGGCCUUGAGGGCACGUCACGGCCAGCCACCCUUCAAGGUCGACCUCGCAGCCCAGUGCGCGCCGCCAUUUUGAGGCGGCACCUGUGCGGCCGGCCGGCCAAGUCUGUUUACCUGCGCCGAGCCGCCAGCGGCGCGCGCGAUGGCCAGCCCGGCAGUCAGUGACGACAGCAGCUCUGCCGAGAAGAUGGUGCGUCCGGACGACACCGACGGCGACGCACUGGCGCCGGCCAAACUGCGCAACAACAACGAGGUGGCCUACGCGAUCAUCGACGGCCGCGUGACGCAGGUGCAGGUGACCACUGCCGUCGACCUGGCCGCCGCCGCCGCCGAGGUCGACGCCGACGACCUUCCCGUCGAUGUCGACGAGGAUAUGGACGGCGAGGAGCGAGACCAGGACGAGGACUCGAUGGAGGAGCGCGUGGGGUCGCACCCGUCCGGCAUGGGACCGAUCACCUCCCUGGCCGGCUCGCCGACAUUCAGCGGCACCGGACGGCUGAGUCACACACCAUCGACGGACUUCCAGCCGCCCUACUUCCCACCGCCGUACAACCCGACCGCCAGCGACCAGUUUCAGCUGCACCAUGUCAACCCCAGCGAGGUGGCCUAUCAGCUGGGCAACAGUCUCCAACACCAGGGCUACCCGGCGGCCCUCGGACGCAGGACCGACCCCGACUCCGUCUCCGUUAGCGCGGCCAACGCUCAUAUGUACGACACGUCUCGCUACAUGUCCCGGCCCGAGACAGUACUGAUGCGUGCCGGACACAUGCUAGCGGACGCCCAGGAAGCGAUCGUCAUCCCCAACCCGAUCCACACCAUGGACGACGGACAGGGAAUCGGCAUCGACAGCGAUUCAUUCCCAGGCCUGAAGCGGGAGAUGGCGCCUACGGAGGUAUUCUGUAGUGUGCCCGGCCGGCUCAGCCUGCUCAGUUCGACGUCCAAGUACAAGGUGACAGUGGGGGAGGUGCAGCGGCGGCUGGCGGCGCCGGAGUGUCUCAACGCCUCGCUGCUCGGCGGCGUCCUACGACGAGCCAAGUCAAAGAACGGCGGCCGAAUACUGAGGGAAAAACUAGAGAAGAUUGGCCUCAACCUGCCGGCCGGCAGGAGAAAAGCAGCAAACGUCACACUCCUCACCUCGUUGGUCGAAGGCGAGGCGAUCCACCUAGCGCGCGACUUUGGUUACGUGUGUGAGACAGAGUUCCCGUCACGCCAGAUCGCAGAGUACCUGUGUCGGCAGCACACGAACCCCGCCGAACAAUACCAGCGGAGGGAGCUCCUCAAAGCCACCAAAGAGAUCACAAAGGAGCUGAUGGACCUGCUGAACCAGGACCGGUCGCCGCUGUGUAACACGCGGCCGCAGAUCAUCCUGGACCCGCAGAUCCAGCGGCACCUGACGCACUUCUCGCUGGUCACACACGGCUUCGGCAGUCCGGCCAUCGUGGCGGCGCUCACCGCCAUCCAGAACUACCUGAAUGAGUCUCUGAAGUACCUGGACAAGACGUUCCCGUCGGGUGCUCACAUCCACCUCGGUUCACCCGGGCUGGACGCCAAACACAAGGAGCUGGACAAAAAGUAGCGGCCUGCGCCCGUCUCUGCCGCGCGCAGAGCGCCAGUCUGACCUGACCUGAGCCGAGCCAGGAGGCCGCGCGUGCCGCCUGCCCCGUGUGCCAUCGGCGCCUGCCGCCGCCCGCCACUGUACAGUCUCAUCGCAGUAUGAUAUUAUGUCGACCGCGCCGCCGGGAUCCGCCCGGCCAGCUCGGCUAUUUUUGGUAGAUUGUUGUUUGUGCUGCGGCGACGGCUCACAGUAUUAUUGUUACAGUUAAACCCUGUUUGAGUGCUCACUAAUUCUGCUCAAUGACCCCGGCGUGCGCGCCGACGGCGUUGGGUGGUUAGUUUCGCCGGACGCCGCUGCGCGGCGCUGUGGUCGCCAGGCAUUGUGAGGGACAAAGUUUCCGAUUGUGUUUAGCUAGGCCGCGGCGAGCCGGUGUGACAAGCAGGGGUGUGGGGCGGUCGGGCCGCGCGGGGCUCGUUUCAGUCGAGUCCGUCCCGCAGAGCGGUGGCCGUCUCCUGUUGUGUUGCGUCGUCCGUAUCGAUGUGCCCGCGCCGCCCGGUGCCCUGCCAGUCGUUACUGCAUAAUACUCAGCGGGCGCAGGCCGGCGGCCGGGCCGGGCCAGCCCCGCCCGGCCCGCGCCGCGACAACGAAUCCGCGGGCAUCUGAACCGUGCCAGUGCCGCGACCCGCGGGCGGCGCCAAAUGGGUCGCCGGCCAUGUACAGCUAGUAGUGUAAAGCGCGCCGGGAUCGGGUGUGCUCGCGACGCCCCAUGAUGCGAGUGUGUGUCUGUAGAUCGCGUGUGUUUGCCAUGUUGUUACGGCGCCCGGGCUGCGGCCCGCUCGCCAAUCCAGGAAGUGCCUGCUAAAGGCGAUCGACGGAGGAGAGAAAGCAAUUGGGUUGCUACGCUUCCUGAUAUUUAUCACAUCGACUGACUGAUGGGACGCUGCAUUAGUGAGGACAUCAACGGUCGUUUAUUAUAAUAAAACCAUUCCAUUGAGAGAGGAGAGAGUGCGUGGAUGUGGUGCUGAGAGCGGCGAGUGUGUACGAGUUUGCUGUGGUGCGGAGUGCGAAGUGUGUGAGUGAGUUUGUGCCGCUACCGUUGUAUGUGUUGGGAUACCUUGUUCAACAGUGAAGUGCGUGUUCGAGGGCCGACGAAGCCUCAAGGCAAAUACAUCGACUGUGCUUUA